AUGAUUGAUAAUAUCUUCCAACUAGGAAAAAAUAAUCAUAAGCAUGCACUAUUGCAGUUGAACGAUAAGGAGCAAUCUGAUUCACUCCAAGCAGCGCAGUUGACGUUUAGGAAGUUUUCUGAUCCUGGAGCUGCAUCUCCGCAGACUAGAGCUGGUGAACAACAAGCACUUAAACAGGGACAACGAAGGGGUCGUUAUUUAUCUUCAAGAAGUUUGAGAAACGACAAUUCUUUGUCGACUCAAUUUCACAAAUUUAACUUUAAUUCAAAAAGUGGCUUAAAUUAUCCAAAAAGUAAUCAAAAACUCAAAGCUAAGCAUGACAUAUCAGAAAUAGUAUCACACACUCAGACUUCUGGGAAUGUAUCACCAAUAAAUGAAGGGAAUCCAGCAAAUCCAAGGAAAGAGAUCUCUCCUAUAGAUAUUGCAGUAGUAGCUGCCAAUUUGGCCAAUAGUUAUGUCGAUGAUCAAACACCAACUUCUACAGAAUUCAAUACAGUCCAUAGAGUUUCUAAAGGUGAUAUAUCAACAAGGAAAGAUAGUUCUCCAGAAUAUGUUGGAGUAAAAGAUGAUAGCAAAUAUGAACUGAUUGAUGCUCCCAGUACAAUUAACUCACAUUAUCAAGGAACUGGACAUCAGGUUCCUGGUAAAAACAUCAAUUCUAUUGCUCGGGAGGAUAUUUUCGAGAGGAGGAAUUCUGAUACGGCACUAGCACGAAUGCAUAAAAGCUCUCUUAAGAAAAAGAAUGAGGGCAUCAUUGCAAAGAACAAGCUUGCGGUAAAUAAUCAUAUUAAUACUACUGGUUUAGAUAACCAUAGUAAUGAAUUCCAAAGUCCCUUAUCUCAUAGUAGAGUCGAACUUUAUUCAUCGGAUUCCCCCGAUAAUGACCAAUAUACCACCACCAGCCCUAAUGAUUAUUCAGACGUAGAAAAUAUUCUCAAUUUAGCUAAAAAUGUUGAUUCUAAUUCAUUAAAUGUAUCCAAGUUUGCACCAUCAUCACUAUUUGAAAAACAAAAGCAGAAUUAUUCCACGUCGUCUAUUGGACAUCCAAAUGUUCCUCCGAAGAAAGUUACAUAUCAAGGUACCUUACCUGAUUUAAUUCCCAAUUAUACUAGGAACAGCACCCUUGGUAAAAUCAAAGCAAAGCUGCUAAGAAGUGCAGCAUCAAAAACAAUCGUACCAAUCAAAUCGACUGUUACAGAAGAUGAGAAUGGAAAGACUUUUAUUAAAACACAAAAUAAUACAAAAUUUAAAUCUACCAUGAGACAACAUGAUAAUUCCAGCGGGAAAGAGUAUUAUGAUACUGCGAAUUCUGAUAAAGAUUUGGAUGAAUACGACUCGUAUAGUGAUGAGGACGAUUUUGAUUCCGAUGAUGAAGAUGGUAUAUAUACUGAUUCUAAGAAUGACAAUAGCAGUAAAAGUAAAAUCUCUUCACAAGAAGAUAAUGUGAAAAAUAGAGUUCGCACUCUUAGACAGUCUGAAAUUGGGCAUAAUUUUUAUUCUCCUACCAGCGAGACAGGCUAUAGAAAUAAAUUUGAUGAAGACAGACCCUGGAGGUCACAUCAAGAUUUAUUUAUUAUUACCACGGAGGAAAGAAAAAGAUAUGAAGGGAUGUGGGUCAGUAACCGAUAUCGAUAUCUAAGUUUGGUACCUUGGUACCAAAAGAUGAUGGAUGGAGAAGAAGUAGAGUUUCAAUCGCUUCCAGAUGAAGGAUUAAUCAUGAAUCAGGUUGUGAAAGAUAUCUGGCUUCGGUCUAACCUGCCAAUUGACCUAUUGAUCAAAAUUUAUAACUUUGUCGACAAGAGAAGAGAUGCGACGCUUGAUCGAGAUUCAUUUAUUGUCGGGAUGUGGUUAGUCGAUCAAUGCCUAUAUGGUAGAAAAUUACCGAAACAAAUACCCAAUUCCGUCUGGAACAGCACAAACAAAUAUAAUAUGAAUAAAAUUACAAGAGCUACAGCAAAAAAUUUAAAGAAACAAAAAGAGAAGCUGAGGAAGAAAGAGAUGAAGCUGAUCAAGAAAGAAAACAAAUUAGCAAAUACCAACUUAGAGAUCUAA